GAACUGGUCGUGCACGGCUUCGGGCAUCGCAGUCUGUCCAACGUUUGCUGGGCCAUCGCGAAGCUUAGUGGAGAGACCCCACUGUUUGAAGCCCAAACAGUCCCCUUGGCCUCAGCCGCAGCCGGGCUGACUUCGCAGAUGAAUUCCCAGGGCCUGUCGAAUACGUGCUGGGCUUUGGCAGUCCUCAGGCUGUCGUUGCAAGGAGGGGACAGGCUUGUUUCGGGCAGUUUCUGGCGGGCGGCCGCUGCGGCCAUACAGAGCUUAGACACUGCAGAGCCCCGGCAUUUGGCAACCCUGCUGUGGGCAAUGGCAACGUCGCAAGUGGAGGACAGAUUUCCCAUGGCGGGUGAUGCGGUGGAAGCGAUUGUGCGACAGGCCAGCAUCAUGUACAAAGAAAUCUCGCCACAGAACUUGGCAAUAUGCGCCUGGAGCUUUGCAAGGCUGGCAGAGGCCCCCGAUCCGCUUCUGACGCUGCUCUCUACGGCAGCGCUGGAGCGUGGACUCGAAGGUUUUGAGCCGCAGGAGAUUUCCACAGCUGCUUGGGCUUUUGCGCGCAUCGCCGAGGUGUCCGAGAAAGAGAGCUAUGAAGACUUCCGUCUGCGACUGGUGAUGGCAGGGUGCACCAGGCUUUCGGAGUUCACCCAGCAGGGGCUGGCAAAUCUGGCCUUCGCUUUGUCUGCGUCGAUGGCUCCGCCCCGGCCGCGAGGCAAGCAGCGACGGCACGGUGGCGCAGAGUGA